AUGAGUUAUGGAUGGCAGCUGACCCAAAACCAAGUAUGGACCAAAUGCGACUCCAUCUGCGAAGGAAAGCAGUACAGGAUACCAAUAUGUAUCGAUCUCACGACUCAAGCUGAAGUUCCUAAAACUUUUUGUGACAAUAUGGACGACAGUCAAAUACAAACGAAGGAAUGCAACACUCAUUGCCAGCUGAGUUGGAAUAUUGCUUCCAAGAGUGCUUGUUCGCCUCAGUGUGGAAAGGGAAUCCGCCAUAUUUACUACAAUUGUAUGAAAAUCUACAAGAAAAAAUCAGGUUAUAGUGAAUCUGUCAACGACAGACAUUGCACGAAAUUGGGAAGCCCUCCAGCGAUGGAAAACUGCAAUACUAUUUGCAAUUCUACGAGAUGGCACUACUCGCAGUGGUCAGAAUGCAGCAAAACUUGUGGCGGCGGCUUGCAGAAGAGAACGGCGAAAUGUGUCGAUGACAGAUACACACCUAUAGAUGAUUCUUAUUGCAACAAUAGCGAGAAGAUUAUAGAACAGAUAUGUAAUACUGAAAACUGUCCCGUUUGGACUUUGGCCGACAAAUCACCUUGUUCAGCACCUUGCGGUGGUGGCUACAAAAACUUGACGUACUACUGCGUCUUGGACGGUAGGAUUCACGACAAUCACGACUGUGAUUUAAGUAUGAGACCACCUGAUACAGAAAGAUGUAACGAACAGGCAUGUGGCCGUUGGGCUCCUCUUAACGACUAUCAUUCCUGUUCUGUGACGUGCGGAGAGGGAAUCGAAAGGAGACAGUUCGUCUGUAUGAAGUUCGACUCCACCGAGCGCUUGAACGAAGACUACUGCAGGGAGUUGGUGAUUCCCACGGAGACCAGGCCGUGUUAUCGGCCCAAGUGUGAGAUCAUCUCGCUCUACAAACGGAGAAACUCGGUCACUAACGCCAUCAUUCCAGAACCUUUCCACAUGUAUAAUACUUACAAAUGGGUUCCAGACAAUUGGUCACCGUGUUCGGAAACGUGCGGCGAAAGUGGAAGAAGAAAACAACAGUUCAGAUGCUUAAACGAUGCAGGACACGAAAAUUACCAUAUGUGUGAACGAAGUUUGAAGCCUAAUAUAUUUGCAGCUUGCAACCAGUUUGCUUGUCCUCGAUGGGUCACGGGAGAUUGGAGUAAGGCGGUAGAAGACUCCCACUGUGACUCCAGCAAAAAACCAGAACAUCUAACCAAGUGCAGACUAUCAGAAUGUCCUUACAUAACCAACUCAGUAUCAAGACGGUACUUCGAUUCUUCGGAAAAGGGUGAGAAACGGUAUAGAUGGAAAAUAGGACCUUGGAAGCCAUGCUCCAACAAGUGCGGUAAAGGUAACAGAAGGCGACACAUCGAAUGCGAAGACUCACUAAACGAGAUCACCGUAGUCGAUACGUUAUGCAGACAUUUGAAAAAGCCGAGAGCAACGAGACCAUGCGAAAGAUAUAGCUGCAAAUUCGCCUGGAUUGAAGGGUAUUGGUCGGCUUGUUCUGCGUCUUGUGGCACCGGUGUCAAAAAGAGGAACGUCACUUGCCACCGAGUAUACAAAGGAGGCAUCAUAGAUCCCAUACCGCUACCAGAUCUAUACCAAAACAAGAUUCAUCACCAGAACUACUGCUCGGUGUACAACAAACCACCGGUUACAGCCAAAUGCAUUUUGGCUCAAUGCGGGGAUCAAUAUAUUUGGAGACCAGGACCUUGGAAACAGUGUUCACAUACUUGCGGUAGACGAGGCAGGCAAGUUCGAGCCAUCCCUUGCGUUAACGUAUGGACCCACCAGAGAGUACCCAGAUCCUAUUGCCGCGCCAACUUGAAACCUCCAAGAAAAAGAAAAUGCAACCAAUGGAGAUGCCUAUAUAAGAGCUGCAAGGAACUAAAACACGCGACUGGAACGAAGGAAAAUAAAGAUUAUGUCAUAUCAGUACUGGGGCGUCCUGUAAGCAUUCACUGCUACAAAAUGGAUACGCCUGAACCGUUAGAAUAUAUAAGUUUGCAUCCUGAUAGUAUGAAUUUUGCCGAACUUUAUGAUAAGAGAUUAACUGAUGUGAGAUCCUGCCCAAAUGGAGGUCAACGGGACGACACCUGCCAAUGUGAUAAUUUGGGACCUGAGCGGUCAGGAGCGACCAAGUUCUGGAAAGUCAGAUUGAACAUCACAUCAUUACGAAUCAUCGGUGAUGAUUUUACCUUCUCGAGGCAGCUGCGAGGAAGAAGAGUACCUUACGGUACCGCCGGAGAUUGCUAUAGUUCCGCGACCAAUUGCGCACAAGGAAGAUUUGAGAUCGAUUUGACGCAUACCUCAUUCAGGUUGGUCAGCAGUGUAAGAUGGGAGAAAGUGGGACCUCAUGCGUCGGCUGAGAUACGAAGAUCUGACACAACUGCAUCUGGCAAAUGCGGAGGAUACUGCGGUCAAUGCGUUCCAGAUCCCAGUAUAGGUCUAGCCGUCGAAAUCACUUAGACCAUUCAAUCAUCGCACUGUGUUCAUGAGAGGCAAAGACCAAAAACGUAACAAGUCCAAGAAGGUUGUAAUACACAGAAAUUGUAUCCAAUUGGCGGUGGAUGUACAAAAAGCUUUUGUCUUUUAUAACUUGACACGAUACAAAAAGAACUGACAUUUCAGAUGAUGGUAACUAGCUUUUGUCUCGUUUUUUUUUGUUGUUGAGAAAGUUCUCUUAAAAAAACUUUUGCUGCAUUACAGAUUUGUCUAUAUGCAAUAUAUAAUGCAAACAUAAUCAAUAUUACAUCGUAACUAAUGGAGAUACCAAUCAAAACAAGUACCAAAGUAAAGAAAUUAAAGAAAAAGAAAGAAUCUAAAACACUAUUAAGAUAAAUAUUUCCCAAAAAUGGCAUCUAUAAAAUUUAUUAACGUAAACUUGAAGGAAUAUGUAAUGAUGAUUAGUAAAAAAUACAAAAAAGAGUGAAAUGGAAUAAAAAAAAAACUUGAAAUUAAGGAAAAUGAUUCGAUCUGGCUCGAAGGACCAUGCAAAUAUGGUUGCACUCAAAGAAAUAUGUGAAUAUUCAAAAGUACUAUUAAAAAUAAUAUAUAGAUUCUUUAAAAGUCGAUAAAAUAUAUUAGAAGUAUUUCUGUCAUUUUAUACCUUUGUUUUUGAUAAAAUUAUGUGCCAUAUCGUCAGAGACAAAAGCUAGGCCAACUCUCUAAAUGACUACUAUAAAAAUCUCUAUUUUCUGUUAGCUUAAUGUAACGUAACACACCGCUUAAAGAAUGGUAUCAACCGAGAAGACUUCUAUCGUAUUAUAAAUACAUACAGGGUAUAUCAAAUAUACAGAAACAGUAACAAUCCACUACAAUUAAACAUAUAUUUUUGUAAUUUGGAAGUUUUUGAUCUACCUUGUAUAAUUGCACAGUAUUGUAGUAUUAAAAACCCGCGCGAAAAAGUAAUGAAUUAAGUAGGUUAAAAAGCAACUGCCAUACCAAAACACUUCCUAAUUUUCAAGUCAAAUGGAUUUGUAAUUUGUUAUUUGGGUAAUAUUUUGUCGACUGCCUGCUAAAAUGUUACGGUUUUAGGAAUGGUAUUAAAAAUAAUUUAAAUGAGACAAGGCGGCCAUAUAAUUUAAGAAGUUUUUAAGGUUUUCUUUGAUUUGAGAGUAUCAUUCCGAUCUGUAAAUUAGAUCGAUAUAAUCCGAUAUGAACAAAUUCGGCUCAUCUUUUGGAACCAUUUUGUUUUUGCCCUCCUUCCUUGCGAUCGUCGCUUCUUCCAAAGGGAGGUUCUCCCCUUCACCCUUCUCAUGGCGAUUUUCCAUUUCUCCCUCCUUGUAUAUGAUUUUCUCUCAAUUCCCAAAUAGUUUUAUAUUACCUUGUUGUUUCCUUCUCUUCAAAAGUGGUGUUUUUACUUCAUUAAUUUUAUUACUCCAAGAUUUUCUUCCUGUCUCAAGUGGAUUUUCCUCGAUUUCCAUCUCUAUGGUUUACUUCUCUUCACGUUAUUUUCUUUAUUAUCAAAUGGAUGCUACGUGUUACCUGAUGUAGAUUUUAACUUCGAAAAUAAGAUUAGAAAAGAGCUUCUUAUUUACAGUUUUCUCCUUCUUCCAAAGUGGUGUUUCCCUUCUCCCCGUCAUUCCUUAAUGUUUCAUUCUGUAAGGUUCAGUUAUAUGCACUUCAUCAAUUUCUUCCAUUUUUUUUGUGUUUUACUCCUUUUCGUCAUUUUUUCUAUAUGGUAUUUAAUCCUUCACUACAUUCCCUUCAAGAGAUUUUUUCCUCUCUCGUUGCAUCCGUACAGCUUCAUCCUUUUUUUAUUUUCUAAAGUGGUGUUUCUUUCCUCCCUCCUCGUUUUCUCUACUUAAAGUGGUAUUUUCGAAUUUUACUUUAUAUCUUAUGGUUUUCUCUUCUUUUAGAGCGAAAAAAUAUCGUCUAUAAUUAGUUGAUUGUUCUCCUGGUUUGUGCCAAUUGUUCUCUGUCUGUUGUCAAAUGUGACCUAGUCUACAAUUCGUUUAACUUAUUCUGGCUCUUUAAUUUGACUUAAAUUCCCCUUUGAACCCACAUAUCAAAGCUAUAAACCUUCAGAUAACAUAAAACUGCCUGCAAAUACCUACAUAGGAAACAAAUACUAUCUACAUUAAAUAACAGUUUUGAGAGUAUCAUGACAAUUUUGUGAUUUAGUUGACGAAAAAAACUGCCAUAUAUUUAUAGAUUAAUGUACAAUACUAUUAAAAUAACUCAAUGCAUUUCUUAAGACACUCUUCUUCAUAUCAUAAUUACAAAUCCAUUUUUAGCAUUUCUGCCUCAUAUUGAGGCGAUGUAUUUUAAGUUAUGGACCGCAAAAUACUUUUAAAAUAUAUUUGUAGCUAGGGGCAUAAAAAUCCUUGAACUAACACUUGUAUUUCAAUUUUUAUUUGUGUAAAACUCAGCUUUCAGGGUUCUUGUCUGCAUAAUCUACAUGACAAGUCAAACGAGCGAAAAAGAACCGAUUUAUUACUGUUAUAGUGUGAGGAAAAUUGGGCAUUAGACAAUUUUAUGAAAAAUAUCUGAAAGACGUUUGACUUGUUUUGUAUUGCAAAUAGUAUAUUUAUUGCACAAAGUGUUUGUUUUACGUUAAAUAUCGAGAUUGUAUGAAUAGUGAAGUACGGAGUAACAUUUUUCAAGUAUGAAACAGUGAAAAUCUGGAAAAGACUGCAGACGGUACGAAAGACAGAAUUUUGUUUAAUUGAAAGCAAAUAUUGCACUAUUACCUUAUUUAUGAACAAUCUUUUAAGGUUAACAUUAUAUAAAUUACUAGAAAGACUGAUCAACCAUAUUACCUAACAGUUUGGUAAUAGUGAGUAACAACAAAAACCGAUAGACGACUUUCGACAUAUAUAGAGUCUGAAUUUCAAGGAAUAGACUGCAUAAAGCUAAAUAGUUAAUGCAAAAAGUUGGGUUGGAUGUAGUUACCUAAAAGGAACGGUAUUUUUAUGAUUAAAUGAUUGCUAUUUAACAACUACAUGAAAAGUUUAGAAAAUAGUGCGUUUGACACUAUUUUUCGGAUUGUGAAAGAAAACUCUUUUAAUUUAGCAUAGAGGCUGUAUGUGCAUAAAAAAACCGUUGUGCUAAAAAUUAAAAGAACGUUAAUAUUAAAUUCAUCGGAUCUUUCAGAUUUAUGUUUUCUUCUCCUUGGUUUCCAAACUAUUGAAAUUUAGAACACCAAUGAUAGAACAAUGGAACAAAAUCAUCACUAUUUUCAAAUGUAGGCAACCAAUAACACAAUAGAACCACAAGUCAACUUUUAAAUUUAGACAACUAGCAAUACAUAUAAUAUGCGUUAAAGUUGCUAAGCAAAUUCGUUUUAGCAAUCACGUUGUAUUUUUGUGUAUUUAAAUGACGUUUUAUGACUAUUUGCUGUUUAUCUAUGUUUAUCUGUAUCUCAGAAUAUUUCUAAAAGAGGUAAAGAGGUUAAAUAAAUCAAAAAGAUAAAAUAGAGUCAUACAUUUUUAUUUGAAAAAGCUUUUUAUGACCAUUUCCCCAAAUUCGUCGAUCAAUUUUAAUAUUUGUAAUGUUCCAAUUUUCUAGGGUCAGUACUUAGCGUCAGAUCUAUUUUGGAUUUUCUACUACUGCGCUUGACAUAUUUCUGGCUGAAAGUAACUAAAACCAGGAACCCAUUAAAUCCAAAUAAAUCAGAGCCUGCUAAUUUCACUAAAAUAUUUCGAAUAAGGUAAAACAAACACAAACUGUUCAAUGUUACUACCUCAGGUAACAGUGGUAACUAAACAAUCGGUUUUUUAAUACUAAUCUAGAACCUUCACUAUUCAUCCUGACGUAGUAACAAUUGAAAAUAGUCAUCCUAUAUACAGGGUGGUGUAUAAAUAAUUGGUUUUAUUUUCACCUGUAGAUUAAUGUACAUUUUGUGUAAUAAUUGUGCUCAAAUACUAAUAAACUCUGGAGUUAAGGGUGUUACAAGCUAUAAAAAUAAUUCAGUAACAUAUUUCAGUAAUUUUUUUACAACCAAGCACAAAAUGAAAUAAAUAUCUUCCACUUAACAUGUUUUACAUGGUUAAUCUCUAUUUCAGUACGUUUUAGUUAUUUGGGUAAUGGUUUACUUACAUAAAAGUAUCCUUUGAUUACUAAAAUGUGUGCUAUUGGAGUUUAGGUUAAUCACUUUAUAUUUUGCAAGUACAUCAACACCUAAUAUCACAUUUUUCCGCAGAAAGUAACAAAUAUCCGAGCUUUAAAGUUGUUUAGAUUUGAGUUCAACAGAGUAUUAUAUUUGUAGUCCCGUAUUUCAUUAAGGCGUUGAAAUGAACGCCUUACUGAACGCUGUCAUGAGUACGGACUAAAGAUAAAUUUAAAAGAAAACUAAAUGCAUGAUCAUGACUAAAUCUGCACAUGCAAAUAUCGAAUUGACUAUUGAAGAUACUGCAAUUGAGAGUGUUAAUAACUAUAAAUUCUUAGGAAGAUGGAUAACAUGAGAUGUAGACCAAACCAAAGUAAUUAAGACACAUAUUGAAAUAGCACGUACAUCAUUCAUUUAACUUAAAAAGUUUCUUGUGUUGUCGGGAUAUAAGGUUAGAAGUACGUCUGAGAAUGCUUCGAUGUUACGUGUUCUCUACUCUUCUUUAUGGCUUGGAACCGUGGACACUAAAACAAGGACAUCUGAAUAAGUUGGUCGCCUUUGAAUUCUUGUGUUACAGAAGAAUCCUACGAAUAUCAGGGAUUCAAAGAAUGUCAAACGUGGAAGUAACUAGAAGGCUAGGAAAUGAGGCGGAAAUAAUAUUAACUAUCAAAAGACGAAAACUUGAGUACUUAGGACAUGUGAUGAGAGGGCAAAAAUACGAAUUAUUAUAACUUAUUAUGCAGGGCAAAAUCCGAGGAAAGCGAAAUGUGAGAAGACGAAGAAUAUCCUGGCUUAAGAACUUAAUGGAAUGGUUUAAAUGCAGUAGUGCAGAACUUUUUAGAGCGGCAGUCAACAGAGUUCGCAUAGCCAUGAUGAUUUCCAACCUUCGAUAGAUGGAACUUAAAGAAGAAGAAGUCCCUUAUUUACACUAAAACAGUAGAUAUUCGUGACAAGUUGUGAAAUAAACUUUUUAAUGAAGUUUUUAAAUAAUCUAGGAAUACAAACCAUUUCUCUAAUGACUAAAACGUUUUAAUGAACUGGGCAAUAUAGAAGUAAAACAUAUUCAGUAAGUAAUAAUCUUUUACACCCCGCAAUUAAAAUUGAUAUUUUGUAGAAAAUAAUCCCCCUUAUUUAUGUAUCACCCUGUAUCAACCAACUAGUCUUAGAAAAUGUACCCGGAUUUUUUAUUUGUUUAAUUUAUUGAAUGCUGCCAGUGUUGUAUAUAUUUGUAUUUAUUUAUAUUGUACAUUUUAUUUUAUUCGGCAUUUUUUAGUUCUUACUACCUUUAACUUCAAUUUGGAGACUGUUUAAACACGCAUUGUGGAAAAUUUCGUUCAAACUAUUUCCCUAAAAGUAUUGAAGCAAUAAAAAUAUUUGUAAAUA